CGCGUCGCGACGCGUUGCAAUUCUUUCUGCAGUCAUCGUUGUACAUCAUGUCUCAAACACAAAGAGGGUCUAAACGUGCUCGCUCUCCCCCAAUUCCCAGUAGUUCGCCCGCACCGCAGCCAUCAGCACAACGGAGAGACUCCGAGUCUUCCCUACCUCCAUCUUCACCUCCUGCGCCUUUUUCGGACACGGACGACAACCUGGAGGAGAGUGAAGUUGUGAAAGACUUAGGAGAUGAUGAGGAGGACGAGGAUGGAGAAGAUCUUUUUGGGGCAGAUAUGGAGGGCGAUUAUGCACCCAAUGAACUCUUGGACCACUAUUCCGACCAAGCCAUCGAUGAUGCAGGGGACUACGAGGCAAUGUCAGCAGCUGCACGUAGGGCUGCAGAAGCGCAGAUGGAUCGUAGGGAUCGGUUGGAGCGCACUGGCGUGCGGGGGGCACGUGCCGCAGCCCGUAGCAGGGCUCCUCAGUUUUUGCAGAGUGACGAUAUAGAUGAUGAGGAUAUUUUGGAUGGCGGGCUCGGAGUGGCCAGGAUGAGGCGCCGCACCCGGCGACAAUAUGAUGAACGACGAGAUCUUGACGAUGUUGAUGGCGUGGACGACGAAAUUCCCCUGGAGCAAUUAAGCGAUAUCAAAGCGAAGUCAAUUGCAGAGUGGAUAGCAAAUGACCGUGUCCGCCGCUCGAUCGUCAAACACUUCCGUCAAUUUUUAAUGACCUACGUUGAUGACAAUGGUAACUCCGUGUAUGGUCAACGCAUUCGUAACCUGGGUGAAACCAAUGCGGAAUCGCUGGAAGUUUCAUACCUUCACCUAGCGCUCUCUAAGCCCAUCCUGGCCUAUUUCCUCACCAACUCUCCUACCGCUAUGCUAUCAAUCUUUGACGAGGUUGCAUUGAACGCAAUUCUCGUUUAUUACCCGUCUUAUGAGCGUAUUCACUCGGAGGUCCAUGUUCGCAUCGCGGAUCUUCCUCUUAGCUCAUCACUGCGAGAUCUUCGGCGCUCGAAUUUAAACACCCUCGUUCGGGUCUCAGGUGUCGUUACACGUCGAAGUGGCGUAUUCCCUCAACUGAAGUACGUUAAAUUUGACUGCCGCAAAUGCGGCGCGGUGCUCGGUCCCUUCUACCAAGAUGCAACCAAGGAGGUUAAAAUCAGUUAUUGUCCCAACUGUGAAAGCAAAGGUCCUUUCCCAGUGAACUCCGAGCAAACCGUAUAUCGUAAUUAUCAAAAAAUGACUCUGCAGGAGUCGCCAGGGUCAGUUCCACCCGGUCGUUUACCAAGGCACCGGGAAGUCAUCCUUCUUUGGGAUCUUAUCGACAGCGCUAAACCUGGCGAGGAAAUUGAAGUAACUGGUAUAUAUCGGAACAAUUUCGAUGCAUCCCUCAACUCCAAAAACGGAUUCCCCGUCUUUUCUACUGUGAUCGAGGCAAACCACAUCAAUAAAAAAGAGGAUCUGUUUGCGGCAUUUAGGCUGACGGAGGAGGACGAGAAGGAUAUCCGUGCGGCCGCCCGCGACGAGCGUAUCCGCAAAAGGAUCAUCAAGUCGAUUGCACCCUCCAUUUACGGCCACGAGAACAUUAAGACUGCUAUAGCGUUGUCGCUCUUCGGCGGUGUCCCAAAAGACGUCAAACGAAAGCAUCGCAUCCGUGGCGACAUCAACAUUUUGUUACUGGGGGACCCUGGUACGGCAAAGUCACAGUUCUUGAAGUAUGUUGAGAAAACCGCGCACCGCUCCGUCUUUGCCACUGGGCAGGGCGCAUCUGCUGUCGGUUUGACCGCGAGCGUGCGCAAGGACCCUAUUACUCGUGAAUGGACACUCGAAGGCGGAGCACUUGUUCUAGCAGAUAAGGGGACUUGCCUUAUUGACGAGUUUGACAAGAUGAACGACGCUGAUCGCACUUCGAUCCACGAAGCAAUGGAGCAGCAAUCGAUCUCGAUUUCCAAGGCUGGUAUUGUGACUACUCUUCAAGCGCGGUGUGCAAUUAUUGCUGCUGCCAACCCUGUUAGAGGGCGGUAUAACCCAACGAUCCCCUUUCAACAAAACGUGGAACUCACGGAGCCCAUCUUGUCACGUUUUGACGUGUUGUGUGUGGUAAAGGACACAGUUGAUCCCGUUCAAGACGAGCUCCUCGCUCGUUUUGUGGUAGGAAGCCACCUCCGGAGCCACCCCAACUUUGAGCCCGGGAAGGAGGAGAUGGACGUUGGAACUACUCUUGAUGCAGACCUCAUUCCGCAGGACUUUCUCCGAAAGUAUAUCAUGUACGCCCGAGAGAAAAUCCGCCCCAAGCUGUACGAUAUGGACCAAGAGAAGUUAUCACGGCUGUUUGCUGAUCUUCGGCGGGAGUCAAUGGCAACUGGCUCGUACCCCAUCACCAUUCGCCACCUGGAAAGUAUGAUCCGCAUGGCCGAGGCCAGCGCGAAGAUGUCUCUUAGGGAGUAUGUACGCUCGGAUGAUAUUGAUCUGGCCAUCUCUGUCGCCGUGGGUAGUUUCGUAAAUGCACAGAAGAUGUCCAUUAAGAAAACUCUUGAGAGAGGCUUUCGCAAGUACCUUACUCAGGCCCGGGACUAUGAGGAACUACUGGCUUUCAUUCUUGGACAACUGGUCAAGGACAAGGCUCGUUUCCAUCAACUGCAAAAACAUGAGCAACCCGAGCUAGUAACCAUCAACGUAUCUCAACUCGACGAACGCGCCAAGGAGCACGAUAUCUACGAUACAUCGCCAUUCUUGCAUUCAAAGUUAUUCACAGCCAAUGGUUACAAAUUAAAGGGCCAAGUGAUCGAGAAAAGAUUCCAAAUUUGAUGGCUGCACGUGUUUCGUCAGCGGUGUAUAACACUGACAUACCUUGGUUAGUACAAAUUGUGCGAUGUCAUGCGUGUGUAUAAUAUCAAUAUUUGA